CUCUCAUGCAACCUCGCGAUCCCUGAUUGACUUGUUCUCUCCUCCUACUUCAUCCUUCCUACUGCCCAUCUUGUCCUUUACCACCCUCCUUCAAGUCCGUCAUUGCGGCAGUCAUCUCAUACCGCACUGUCGCACAAACUACUCCCAUGAUCCACACGUAUUGACCUGAUCACGACGCCUGAAUUGACUGGUUAUACUGUUUACGCAGCCAUCUCUGGAACAGUGUCCGCAAUGGCCGCAGAAUCGGUCAACAUGGCUCCGCCGCAGCCGCCGUUCAGGUCACUAUCAGAGCUCUCGGCAGACCCUCCGGGCCCAUCCGAGCUGCCGGCCGACCUGCCACCGUUGCCGUUGCCCCCGUUGACGACGACAACCCCGCCGUCUGCUGCUCCGUCAGCAGCCACUUCAACAUGCAUGGCGGCAUUUCCUUCCAUAGUAACUGAGAAGACGUUGCUUGCAGGUCGCACCAGCAGCCACAAUGUGAGGGUCAACAGCGCGAACCCAUCAGAGCCGCCGCCGUAUUCGAGCCCCUCCAACGAUUUACAGGCGUCCACCUCGGCGGACUCUCGUGGCCUCCCUGUAACGGCAUCAGGCCCCCCCUCCUAUACAGGCCUGCCCAGGUUGGAUUACAAGCUCUACUCGCCGCCCCUCUUUACCUUGUCUCUUGACUGCACUACGCUGUCUUCUAGGGCAGAGCAUCUGACGGCAAGCGCCAGCGCCCUCGUUUCACUCGUGAGGAUGCAGGCCAGUAUCCCGCCCAAGCCAUUGAUCCAUAUUAGGGGAAACCGAGGUCGCACUGUCGACUUCGACUUCAAGAUGAACCUCAUGAGUUUGUUGGUGCCCGACGACAUGAGCAGACGCAUGGAUUAUAUUCGGUGCGUGGCGCCGGGCGAAUUGGCUUUUCGGGGCGGCGCCAAGCCCGAUGUCCUCCCCGAGGUGGGUGACAGGGAGCUUGAAGAGUGGUGCCGCCGCUUUAUCGAGGACCCGGCGCCGGUGAAAAGCUUCGCGCUCGGGAGGGUCGUUGCCAACAUGGACGCGCUAUACAUCGAGGGCCAAAUCCGCAGCUUGAUUGCGUCGACUCAGUACAAGGGGCAAGUCAACAUCUCUUUCCCCGUCACGCAUGCCAACGUCAAGGUCAAGAGUGCCGAGAAGCCGAGCAAACUAUACCUGGGCAUGAAGAAUCUUUUCUCGAGUAAGCACAAGUACGAGGUGGUGCAAUCAGUGUGGCCAUUCGCAUCGGCCAGGAACGGUGAGGAUGGACGGAGGUGCAUGGUGCAGAGCGAGGAAGUCUGGUGGCGGGAGUGGCGAGACUCGAUAAAGUACGCCGUUGCGCAGAAGAGACAGAACGGGGCAUACGUGACAAACGAGGACAAGCUGGAGGCGCUGAUGGAGGGCAAGGGCAAAGGCGUCACGUCCAUCGACUGGGGCGGUUCCGACUUUGACGAACAGGGCGUGUGAUGCCAUUGCAGGCUUCUUACGUGGGUCACUUUCUGGGCAGGCGACUCGGCCAUGAGGAUAUCGUUGGACCGCCGUGUCAUUGUACGCGGGUGCUUGUGUAUCAAGAUUUGACGUAGGCAGGCGGGUGACAAAAAAAGCC